AUGACCCCCACACCUCCAUGGAUGCUCUUUGCCUUGUUCUUGUUGAGGAGCACUUUGGCGUCUCCAUUCCUGCUGCCUCCAGACACCCCUGCCCCGGCUGAACCUGCCCCAACCAGACCCACCCCGCGGCCGGACCCCUGUGAGGGAGAGCCCUGUCUGAACGCUGGAUCAUGCCUGGCCCUCACCUCGGCUGGGCCCGUACAAGGCACCUGGGACUACGCCUGCUCCUGCCGCCCGGGAUACGUCGGGCGCAACUGUGAGUUCUUCACAGACCCAUGUGCCAGCAGCCCUUGUCUCCAUGGCAACUGCAGCCAUAGUGACGGCGAUGGUGGAGUCUUCACCUGUGAGUGCAGCGAUGGAUACGAGGGGGUGAGGUGCGACCAGAUCCUGCUCGACCUCCCGCCCGCCGAAUGGGAGCCGCAAGAACUCGCCACCCCGGUCGCCCCGACAACUCCAGCCGCCACUCAGCCCCCACAACCAACCACAGUGGCCUCCACCACCCCGCCUGCCCCGCCCACUCUGCCACCAUGGCAACCCAAGGCCGGACAGAGGAUGCUGGUGGUGCCCUGGGAAUCAGGCAGGGUGACUGAGGGCCUCCACUGUUUGAGCCCUGAGCUGUGUGAGCUGACAUCUGGAACGCUCACUCUGGCUCUGGAGGUCCCCGAGGAGACCGCCGUCAAGUAA